UAAGGUGAGCGGUCAGGCACUUAAUGAGCCCCAAAGGGCUGCCGACGUCAUGAGCUCCUUACGAUGGAGUCGCUGUGAAUACUAUAAAAACCAGCUACGCAAUAUGUAUGCCUACUGUUCAAGACUUUUGAGAAAGACACUUUUGUGAUGUUUUAAAGGAAAAAACGCAUAGGAUAUGGCAGUUACAUCGAUUAUCCUAAAUUUGGUGCUGCUCAGUAUCACGUACUCAGAAGGUGCAAAGUGGACGUAUAAGGGCCCAGAUGGAGAGACCAACUGGUCCAAGAAUUACCCAUAUUGUGGUGGGGUCUUUCAGUCGCCCAUUGACUUCGAGCCAGAGCUGCUGAGAUACGACCACUCUCUGACCCAGAUUGAGCUCCUGCACUACAACCUGUCAGACAAGGAGCUGCUGACGCUGGUCAAUAAUGGGCACUCAGUGCAGCUGUCCCUGCCUUCCCGGAUGAGCCUGUCUGGUCUGUCCCACCGCUACUCCGCUGCCCAGCUGCACCUGCACUGGGGCUCCCAGAGCCUGCCAGCCGGCUCUGAACACACCAUCAACGGCAAGCGCUUUCCUGCAGAGAUGCAUGUGGUGCACUUCAACUCCGACAAGUACCCAAACGUCUCUGUCGCGGCAGAUCGGGCUGACGGGUUGGCUGUUCUUGGGGUUCUGAUUGAGGUGGGCAGGUUUAACCCCGCUUUUGACCGCUUCUUGACAUAUAUCGAUGGGAUUAAAUAUAAGAAUCAGACAGUGAAGAUCCCCGCCUUUAACAUCCGGGAGCUGCUUCCCGACCAACUGGACGAGUUCUAUCGCUACGACGGCUCCCUGACGACACCCCCCUGCUACCCUAGUGUGCUGUGGACCGUGUUCCGAACACCAAUCAGCAUCUCACACACGCAGUUCCUGGGUUUAGCCACGACCGUGUACUCCUCCACGGUAGGGGACGACUCCCCAGUCACCCUCAGUGGAAACUACAGGAGAACGCAGAAUCCAGGCGACAGGACUGUCCUGGUGAAUUUUCAAGAGGGAGAUGGAAUGCAGGGCGUAGACACAGCGACGUCACCUCUCCGUAGAAGGCAAGCCAUUCAAAAACUGCUUGCCAGCAGCCUUGCCAAAGCGACACACAAAGAGGCACCCCAGAUACAGCCUAGAAUCAGCCAUACACUAGAUUCCAGCAAGAAAUGGGAAAAUUGGGAGAACAAGCACAUCUUGGGCCAGUCCACACUGAAAGAGAACUUGCCAAAGUUGAAAGCUGGAAGUCUUCUCCUAAAACUCUGGAACUCCAGAAUCACUGGGCUUUCAGAAGAGAGUUUAUGUUAUAGCACCGUGGAAAAGAGAACAAUGCUCGAGCUUAAGAAAGCCCACUUGAAGAAUCGGCUGGCGGAGGCCCUCCGAGAGGUCGUCUUCCCAGCCCUCAACCUCGGGAGCUAUCUGAAUGGCAGAUCAGAACUAUCCCCCUUCACAGUCAGACACCUACUACAUAGCCAGCGCAAGCAUGAGCUAGAAAAGCUACAGAACUCUCUGGUGAAACCAGCCCAGGUUCCAAGUGGAAACCAUGAGUCUGAGGAACUUCAGAGCAAAACCAGACACCCAGUCCAGUAGAAGCGCCACCCAGCACAGCUUGUACAUCAUGUGUGUCGUAGACAAAAAAUAGAUGACAGAUGUAAUUGCUGAAGAACUCCAAAUGUCUGUAAUGAACUAAGGACUGCUGAAAAGCUCAUCGCACAAUCUAUUAGCAAGCCAUUGAUAAAGUGAACUGUACUGUUUAUUAAUCAUGUCAAGAUUCAUAUUCGGCAUUUAGAACAUUAUUAGAUGAAAGUGUCUAUUUGACUUCAUUCUAAAGGUUGGAGUCUUAUCUUCAUUGGGGAAUAAUUCUCAGUGACCGAGUUUAAUUAGUUGUAGACAAAACUGCAUAUGACUGUAUGUUACUGUACAAACCUUAGAGAGCCAUGUUUGAAGCCUGCCCACUUUUAAAAGAGAUCGCAAAGAAAACUUGAUUAAAUGGUUAGGUUUGAGGAUAAAGAAAAAGGGCAAAAUGUCAUAGAUUAAUAAUUAAAGUAAAUGGCCUAUACAUGCAUAAUUUCUGAUGUUUUUUUAAUAAUAGUAUUUAUAAUGAUAUUAACCAUACUGUCUUAGCAUUUUUUAAUGCAUAAAAUUAAAAGAAAUAAAUAUUUACCAGCCAAUCAGUUGAUAUCUUGUCAUGGGUAAGUCUAUGCCCUGAUCAGGAUAAACAGUUGGAAGGUGGAUGGAUGGAUGGACCGACGGACUGACCGACGACUGGAUUGGUCUAAUAAAAAAUAAAAUCCAAUAAAUUGUAAGAAGUAGAAAUUUUAGUAAAAUUUUAAAACACAACCUACAAUUUUCAAGAUAUUUAUGUAGACUGCUGAAUUUGUAGAUAUUAGGUUGAAGGCUUCAGUCAGAAGCUUGAGUAUGAAUGGAAUUACCCAAUGGCUUGAGGUCUGGUUAAUACAGAUGGAAGCUGCUGUGCCGUGUGAUUCGUAGUUGGUAGUUGGUUGAAACUGACCGAUAGUAAAACUUGAAAGAAUAUUACAGUCCUUGGCUUACGCUGAGAGGCUGCGACAUCCUACGUUUCUCGCUCAGACUUUCUGUCUUGUUUUUUUCCAUG